AUGAAACAAGAGUAUAAGAUUUUAAAGAAAAUAACUCUAUAACAGUUACUAAGCAUAAACAUGUUCUUGUUUAACAGAGAAACAGUGGUCAUGACCAGGAACAGUGAAAUCAAUAUGGCCACCAAUUUGAAGAAAACUGUAAAUCCACAAAUAAAGGCAAUGAUCAAUACUGAUCAGCUGGCAGUGACAGAAGUUCUGCAGGAUGAUCAUAGCCACUGUGAAACAGAAUGGAGACCGGAAGAAGAUUUGUCAGAUGAUGGAGCUUCAGAGAUGUCUCCAGAGAACAGAGAAGAGUUAUGGGACUCCUUCUUGAACAACAGUGAUCCCUACAGUCCACUCUGCUUCUCCUGCCCUGCUGAAGUAAAAGCUUCAGACAGUGAUCAUUGUGAUGAUGAUGAACUUGUUCCUUCUUAUUCUGAAGAGACAGAAAUUGAAAGGAGUGAGGAAGAGGAUAAUGAUUGGUCAGAUGAAGGAGAUUCAGAGAUGUCUCCAGAGAACAGAGAGUUAUGGGACUCCUUCUUGAACAACAGUGAUCCUUACAGUCCACUCUGCUUCUCCUGCCCUGCUGAAGUAAAAGCUUCAGACAGUGAUCAAUGUGAUGAUGAACUUGUUCCUUCUAAUCAUCAAGAGACAGAACCUGAAUGGAGUGAGGAAGAAGAUUCUGAUUGGUCAGAUGAAGGCGAUUCAGAGAUGUCUCCAGAGAACAGCGAGUUAUGGGACUCUUUCAUGAACAACAGUGAUCCCUACAGUCCACUCUGCUUCUCCUGCCCUGCUGGACUGAAAAUAAAGGCAUCAGAGGUUAAACAAAACCACACACCUUCCAGCCCCACAGCCAGAGAGGUUGAGGAGCACAAUCCUGACCAGAAUACAAAGGUGCAUUUCAGUGAGGUGGUGACCAUACACACCCACGAGGCAUGGGGCUUUGCAAGCCAGGGUCGUGCUUUAUGGAGAUGCCGAGAAAUAGAGACCAUUUCAAAAAGAGAGUUGAGAAAGCUGGAGAGCUCAUCAGCCCGUGUCUCACAGCUCAGCACAGAGCCAGAGUUUUGGACAGACUGA